GCAUCGGUUAAUCGUGACCUAGACCUCGUCGAAGAAAGUAUUCACGUUGUUGAAACACUACGGGCACUCAUACGUUAAGAGAAAAAAAAACUGUUUCUUUCUCGAUCAUUACUCAUACACUCUUCUCGUCGGCGUCUUCAAGUGAAUUUCAUUUUGUGUGUGAUUCCGUUAUUUUAAUGUGUUUAUAGUGUGCUCUGUUUUCAUGAAUUUUAUCACGCGCAAUUGUGUGUAUGGAAAGAGUGACGCGCUUGCCAACAAAGUUAAAGUGAAAGAAUUCCCAGUAAAAGAAAUCCAUUUGUUGUGUUUUGUCCAUCGUUUUGUUUGAUUCUACCUAUAUUUUCUACAACUUUCUUUUGAAAGAAUCAACAUGCAAUCGAAAUAUGUAUAUUUAGUGGGAGCGACUGUGGCUGCUUUGUCAAUGGUUGUUUUGACUCUUCAACCCUACUACGUCAAUCAAUGUUCUCGAGAUGAUCCAGAGGUCAAUACCUGCCUAAUGAAGAGUGCCAAUCGAUUAGCACGUCUGCUUCAAGCUGGAAUUCCCGAACUCGGCUUUGAAGACAUUGAACCAGUUAAUGUCGAUGAAAUAAAUAUUCAACUGGGCGGCGGAGAAGAUGGCUAUCGAGCUACAUUUACAAACAUUGAAGCAUAUGGUGUUAGCAAUCUUACAUUUACUAACGUGAGGUAAGCCGAUUUUGAACCUUUAUUUUUUUCGUUACAAAAACUAUUCUUUUGGAUAGAAUACAACGCCAAUGAAUAUUCCAUUUGCAUUUCGUUAACAGAAUAUAAUUGUGUAGAUCGCUUUCAAAUGCUUUCUCUAAGCGUUCACUGAACGUAUUGAACGGAGGCUUUAACCUGUUAUGUAAAUUUAGUCGUGUAAUAUAUAAUAGACUAUUCUUCUUGUGUGUUAUAAUCAAA